GUACACUUGAAGAAGCCAAUUAUUAUUAUUAUUUUUGGCUCCCCUGAGGGAUGGACGAUCAUCUACAGGACCUACCAGUGCAAUACAGCUAGCAGCAAAAUACCUGCUCGUGCUGCUGGCCUUGUACCUACUGUACCUGAAUCUCGUUGAAAUUAGUUCCCAUUAUGGUGAUUUCCUCACCGAUAAACUAGUUCUGCGCAACACAUUGUAUUUGCUUGGCUGACAUGGGAUUGCUUUCAAGCUCCUCUGCCUCGCGAGGCUUUGGCAAAGCAGUACGAGGUCUACAGCGUAUUUAUCGCCCACUAGGUGUCCUCUGCUAUCUUGCCAGCCUCGCUGGGCUGUGCUUGCUGUCGCACAAUCAGUUUAACGGCAAGACCUACUUCUCCGAGAACGCCCUGCAGCCAGGUGUCGCUGCAAGCACUGUCAGCCAGGGUGACAUGGCGCGCUAUGAGUCAUUGGUACGGGAUCUGACCCGAGCAGCUUCACAGACAAAUGGUGCAAUCCCUGUGGAGUUUCUCGACCAAGCACUGUCUUCACUGGGCUUGGAAUCUCAUCAACAGAACUUCUCUGUCUCCCAUCCAUUCAGUGCCAGCACUUCGGAGGUUUCCAGUGGCCACAACGUCUUUGGAAUAGUGCGUGCUCCGCGCAUUGCCAGUACAGAGGCGCUGGUUCUGGUGGCCGCGUGGCGCAGCGAUAACGUGCGUGGCGUUGCGCACAUCGUAAUGAUGGGCGCUCUGAUGAAAAAGCAAGCAUACUGGGCCAAGGACAUCAUUGUUCUGAUCGUGGAUCAGGGUGUGUGGGGAACGGAAGCUUGGCUGCAGGCCUACCAUAGCUCCUUCAGAAGUGCCUAUUUCCGCUCGGAUCCUUUGCCUGCCUGGUCUGGCUCUAUCCAAGCUGCACUCUGCCUCGAUGUGGCCACAGAUCGCUUCUCCAAGUUUGACCUGCUGCCAGAUGGUGUCAACGGUCAGAUGCCAAACUUGGAUCUGGUGAAUCUCGUUGACUUGAUGGCACGUUAUUCCGGCGUUCGAGUCACGUUCAAUGGCAAGGGUGAGAGUCCAGCUGCCCAGGGCGACGACAUGACGGCUGUUCAGGAGCGCAUGCAGACAUUGCUGGUGGGAGCUGCACGGCAAGCUAGUCUACAACCUACCGGGCCACACGGUUCCUUCAUGCGAUAUCGCAUAGAGGCGCUGACAAUCAAGACCGUUGUUGAUGGAUAUGCUGGACACAACACAGCUGCUCUUGCCAGUGUGGUGGAGGGCACUCUGAGAAGUAUUAACAACCUGUUGGAGCGCUUCCACCAGUCGUUCUUCUUCUACCUGAUAGCCGGCGGUGACCGCUACGUCUCCAUCGGCAUGUACAUGCCCGCCGCCGCUCUCAUGCUCCUGCCGCUCAUUCUCCGUGUAUCCACAGUGCAGCUGCCCCAGUCUAUUGUGCAGGCGUUAAUGCUUUGGUUCUCCUGUGUCGGCCUUACGGCACAACCAGCUGAUACCGGUGAAGAGAGUGAAAAACCGAUGGUCUCCUUUCUGCCGUUGCCGACGCAUUUGGCUGAGGUGGCUACGCUUGUGUUCGUUGUUGCGCUGUCCAGUAUAUUAGUGUUUGUCUCUCCUUGGCUUGCUCGCUCCUUGCUGACUACCUCGGCAUCUCAGUGGGCCAGUGAGCACGUGCCUGCAGCUGAGUUGCACAGCCUCGUGCCGCUGAUUCCAGCACUGCUCGCCUGUGUGCUGACGCCGGUGAUUCUGUCAAGGUUGGUGUCACAUAGAUCAUCACCUACAACAUCAUCAUCAUCAUCAUCACCCGGGUGUGCACAUUCCGCUGGCAGCCUGACCGAGCUGCUGCUCUGCGUGACGAUAGUGCUGUGGCUGGCCGUGUUGGCUGUCGUGCUGCUCAUCAACAUGCCGUUUGCCGUUGCUCUCGCCAUUCCCACCGUGCCCGCACUAUUCCUCAUGCCUGUUACCAGUGCUAAGUCCGCUGUUGCUCUGGUUCCUCAGGGCGUGUUGCUUAUUUUCAUCUCACCUCCAUCGCUGCUGCUCGCUGCGUUGGCACUUUGGUCUGCUAUUGACAGCAGCAGCGGCGGCGGCAGCGUACAGGUGGACCCCGCGGCCGUGUCCGCGAGCGCGUGGCUGGCGUGGCAGCAGUCCGCCGUGCAGUACGAGCUGCUCGGCAUCUGGCUGUACCCGCUGCUGACGCUCUGCGUGUGCCCGCUGGCACUGCUCAGCUGGACCAUCAUGUGCAGCCGCCGCCAUGUUGCUACGCUGCCAGCAGCAGCGCACGAGCACACUGACUGAGUAGUCGACAUAUUCCGUUUAGCUUCGCGACUUUCGCGAAUGUGCACGGGUCUCAGUUGGUGGCCAAUCAUGUCUGAACAAACACGUACACUUUGGCUUGACACCGAACGAUCAUAACCACUUUGGGAUCAAGAGUAUCUUUACAAGGCUGUGGGUCACGCUCACAGCCCCGUGUCUCAUCAUUAAUUUUUAGGGCUUCAUAUUUUUGUUUAUCCUCCUUUCCCUGUAUUUUAGCAUUGACAUUUACGGCUUUUCUCUCUAUGGCCUGGAAGUACAUAAUACCUGUGAGAUCUGCUGGUCAGCAAACAAUA